GUAGCGGCAUAUCAAACUUAUAUUGUUUAUAACUGGGAUUUGUGGGUAGCGGCAUAUCAGUAUUUCAUGGUAUCUAUAAAGGUGGCCCCUCCAAUCAAGCGCUGCCAUUUGUGAGGCCACCAAUUACGACUAUCCACGGUGUGAAUGUUUGCCCUUAAUAGGCAGAGCAUUUAUAUUGGUGGGGCAAGACUUGCCACCAGGAUCAAGGAAGUGCUGAGCCAGGGUACACACACACCACGUUGUGUAUCGUUUUUCCAGAAAGGUACUUACAACCCAUCUCAACAUCUCGUAUCCCGAACAAUGGCAACGGUGCGAUACUUAAACCAGCAGGAAGCUGUCAACGUUGAUUUAGAACUGUUUAAUGAUUAUCAGUUCAGUGUAGACCAGCUGAUGGAACUGGCAGGAAUGAGCUGUGCACAUGCCAUUGCUGAGGCAUACAACCCAGAGCAGAAGAAAUCUGUAUUGGUGUGCUGCGGUCCUGGAAAUAAUGGUGGAGAUGGGCUUGUGUGCUCCAGGCAUCUCAAAUUCCUGGGGUUUUCACCAGUCAUCCUGUACCCCAAGCCAAAUGACAAACCACUCUUCAACAACUUAGUGAAACAAUGUCAUAUGUUUGAUAUACCCUUUAUUGAGGCAAUGCCAGAUCUUUCUGCUCUUGACAAAGAAUAUGACUUGAUUGUUGAUGCCCUCUUUGGCUUCAGCUUCAAACCUCCUGUACGGCCACUCUUUGUCCCCAUCCUGGAAAUUCUUUUUCAAACCACAGUGCCAGUCAUCAGUGUUGACAUACCGUCGGGUUGGCAUGUGGAAGAUGGCCCACCCAAAGAUGUUCCAUCCAUAGCACCAGACAUGUUGGUCUCCCUCACUGCUCCAAAGCUGUGUGCUAAACAUUUUAAGGGUCGCUAUCAUGUCUUAGGAGGACGUUUUGUGCCUCCCAAGUUGAAAGAGAAGUAUCAGCUGGAGCUUCCACCUUAUCCAGGCACCAGUCAGACAGUGGUGCUGACAUCCAAUACUCAGCAGUAGAGUAAAUUGGGAACAGUCUGAUGAGUUGACAUCAAAGUACAUAAAUUCAUAUAAAAUGUUUCAACAAAAUACAUUUGAUAUUUUCAUAUAUAUAUCAGUUACUUGUGAUAAAAUAAUUAUGGUUAUCUUUGAGACUUUCUUUUCAUCCCGAAUAAACAUGAUUAUUUCACAGAUGCAUUUGUUAAUCUAUGGAAAAAUUUUCAUUCUUUAUUAUUACUACAGUAUCAUUCAUGAAUACACUUGUCCUGUUGACAAUGCAACAUAGUGAAUACUGAAGUUUUAUGCUGCCUUUGUUAGGAUGACUGAUGUAAAUUUUUUGCAAAAUGUGAACUUGGUAAUUCAUUUACAUGCUAGACGUAUUGUCAUAUGCUUGUGCCAAUAUUUGACACAAGCACAUCUAAGAGAAUUUGAAGGUAAAAGUUUUUAUGGUAUAUAUUGCUGGAUAUAGAAGUAGCUUUAAAUGUAAAAUAUCGCUGCCGCCUCCCAUUCAACUGUUGAUCAGUUUCUGUUAAAACUGAUGACAACAGAAGAUAUAUUUGUCAUUCACCAACUCAGAAUAGAGACAUGUUUUUAUGACCACAAACAGAGUUUGGUUUUAAAUAAAUGCAUAGAUGGUUUGAUUAAUGAAUGCAGAAAUAGAUAUUUAAUAUUGAUAUUGAAAGCACCUUUAAGGUGUACCACAAUAAAUUUCUCUGGGGAGAACACC